AUGGCUCAAAUCAGAGGGACGGCAGGAUACCACCUGGGCUCGCAGCCCUCUUUUGGAAACCCCGGACGACCAGACGCCACCAAUGAUCCCAGUCCGCUGGAUGCCAUUCGCGAACAGACCAGCAAGAUUGAAGACUGGCUCGACACCUUGUCACAUCCCGUCAAACCCUACAUUCCUGCCAUUGGCCGUUUCCUCAUCGUCGUCACUUUCCUCGAGGAUGCCCUGCGCAUCAUCACCCAAUGGAGCGACCAGCUCACCUACUUGCACGACUACAGACACAUCCCCUCCGGCAUCACCCACCUGUUCCUCAUCGCCAACGUCAUCGCAAUGACCGUCUCGUCCUUCAUGAUCAUUGUCCGCAAGCAAAGCGAAUACGCAGUCGCCGGCCUCUUCGGCGUCGUCAUCACCCAAGCCCUCGGCUACGGCCUCAUCUUCGACCUCAACUUCUUCCUGCGUAACCUGUCGGUCAUGGGAGGUCUCCUGAUGGUUCUGUCUGACAGCUGGGUGCGCAAGCGUUUCGCUCCUGCCGGUUUGCCUACUCUUGACGAAAAGGACCGCAAGAUGUACUUCCAGCUUGCCGGACGUGUUUUGCUCAUCUUCCUCUUUGUUGGCUUCGUCUUCGCUGGCGAGUGGAGCUUUGGAAGAGUUAUUGUUAUCUUGCUCGGUGCUGUUGCUUGUGUCAUGGUUGUUGUUGGUUUCAAGGCCAAGUGGAGUGCUGUUAUGCUUGUUGUUAUCCUCAGUGUUUUCAACUUGCUUGUCAACAACUUCUGGACUCUCCACCACAAUCACCCCCACAAGGACUUCGCUAAGUACGAUUUCUUCCAAAUCCUCUCGAUCGUUGGUGGUCUUCUCCUCUUGGUCAACAUGGGUCCUGGUCAAUUCAGUGUCGACGAGAAGAAGAAGGUUUACUAG